ACAGUCGUGUGUCGAACGGCGCAUGAAGUAGCCGAUUUCAAUACGUUGUCAGUUUUACUGCGAACAAAACGCUACAGACAGAACUCAUCUGUCAUAAUUCUACUCGUUAUUAUACUGUUUUAGUUAUAUAUUUAAAGCAUUAAUAAUAACAUAGAUAUAUUAAGACAAUUACAAUAAAAUUCUUUUAAAUCCAAUUUUACCAUAAGUGUAUAAAUUAUGGGGUCGUGAUAAUUACUUCGGGGUUGUCAAAAUUAAAAUUGUUUGGUUUCAAAUCCACUUGAACUUGGUCGAGUUUUGAUGUAGUUAAAUAGCGUUCAGUGCCAACAGUGUGGUGUGUAAGAUUCUAUUUUUUGUUCCGUUCGUGAGCAGAUUGUGAAUAUCGACAAUGUCUAAGGUGUCCCUUCAGAAUAUACCAUCAAAUCCAAGAAUCAAUCGGCUGAGAACGUACUCUAGGACUGAAAGCGAAACAUCAUGCGAGGAGGCGGCGCGACUGACGGCAGAGGGGGCCGAAGACGAUGACGAGGCCUACGACUACGGGGCUUUACCCCCGCCCCCCGACGGGGGCUACGGCUGGGUCGUGGUCUUCGCCUCCUUCAUGUGCAACCUCAUAGUCGACGGCAUUGCAUACACAUUUGGAAUAUUCCUCCCUGAGCUCGUCACGUUCUUUGGAGAGGGGAAAGGAACGGUGGCGUGGGUCGGAAGUUUACUCUCCGGCGUGUACUUGGCUGCCGGUCCCAUAGUAUCAGCGUUAUGCAACAAAUACGGGUGCCGCGCGGUGUGCGUGGCGGGCUCGCUGGUGGCGGCCUCGGCUUUCGUGCUCUCCACGUUCAGCAAGAGCGUCACCGUCAUGAUGAUCACCUACGGCCUGCUGGGAGGCAUAGGCUUCGGAAUGAUCUACCUCCCGUCAGUAGUGGCCGUGGGCUACUACUUCGAGGCACGGCGUUCCCUCGCCACCGGCAUCGCCGUGUGCGGCUCCGGCGUCGGCACAUUCAGUUUCGCGCCGCUUGCCGCCAUUUUGCUCAACGAGUUCGGCUCGUGGCAGAACGCAAAUCUGCUGCUGGCUGGACUAAUACUGAACUGCGCAGUCUUUGGUGCGCUUAUGCGGCCGCUCGUCUAUCCUAAGUCAUCUGGAGAGAAGCCCCUCCUACAACGCAUGGCGGAAGAGAAGCGACUCCAAAUGGAGCGCGGCUCGAUCGGCGGCUCAUACUUCGUGGUGCAACUGCCCGACGGUACUAUGGAGAAGAGGCUGAAGGCCACGGACAAGUCAGGGCAAUGUUUGCAGGCCCCGCUCAACGUGGACCCCGGCGUGCACUCGUCGCUCAACCUGGAGGCGCUGGCGCGCGUGCCCACGGUGCCCAACAUGCCCGGCGUGCCCACCGUGCCCACGCUGCCCACCAUUACGGAGGCGAGGGUUGUCGAUGAUAACGGAGAUAAGAAGAAGGUAUCCAAAUCAGUCGUAUUUGGCUUUCGCCAUGGCAGUGUCCGAAGGGCGAGGGCACGUGAGGGCGAAAACGGCGUCACCAACGGCGGCAACCAGAUGUCCCGCAACGUGUCGUCGCCGGCCUUCAGCGCGCAGGCGCCCGGCCUGCCCAAGAACGGCUCCGUGCCCUUCUUCGACCGCCAGCGCAAGCAGAGCACCGGCGACAGGUCAGGCGAUAGAUUCAAACCGUCCUUAGCUGCUAUUAAAGCCACGUCCAAAACUUCCAUGAAUAGUCAAUACAGAAUCGAUGGCGACAGCGAGAGCGUGAUGUACAACUCCAAGCUGUCGGUGGCGGGCCCGCGCGAGCCGGCGCGCAUGGUGCGGCCCAUGUCCAGGAAGGACAUCUUCUACUCCGGCUCCGUGCUCAACCUGCCGCAGUACCAGAGCCAGAAGAGCCUGCAGGCCUACCGGAACUCCGUGCUCAGCCUGCCGCAGAGCAGGCAGGCUGGGGACGCGGAAGCUCAAGAACAAUACGACCUAUGCCCGUGCCUAUCGCUGCCCCAAUCGUUCAAGUCCGCCCUCGGGUCCAUGCUGGACAUGAGCCUGCUGCGCGACCCCGCCUUCAUGCUCAUCGGCGUGUCCAACAUCUUCGGCAUGGCCGGCCUCUACGUGCCCUUCGUGUACAUCGUUGACGCCGCCAUGCUUAAUGGUGUAGAAUCAUCGCAAGCUUCCUUUCUCCUAUCCAUCAUCGGCAUCACGAACACAAUCGGUCGUAUCGCUUGCGGUUGGGUCGCCGACUUCCCCUGGAUGGACUCACUAUUGCUCAACAAUGUCUGUCUCGUCAUUGCCACGAUAUCUGUUGCCGCGACGCCAUUCUGCGCAUCUUACGGUUCUUAUGUCGCGGUGGCCAUAUUCUUUGGAAUUGCUAUUUCGGGCUACAUCUCGCUGACGUCCAUCAUCCUGGUGGACCUGCUGGGGCUGGACAAGCUGACGAACGCGUUCGGGCUGCUGAUCCUGUUCCGCGGCGCGGCCGCCAUCGUGGGCUCGCCGCUGGCGGGCGCGGUGUACGACGCCACGCGCAACUACGACGCCUCCUUCUACAUGGCCGCCGCCUUCUUCCUCGCCGCCACGCUCACCUCCUUCGCUGCUCCUUUGUUUAGAAGGAAACCUGACGAAGUGCAGCAGCCGGCGGACGUGCUGACUCCCAUCGACGAGGACCUGGAGGAGGCGGACGAGGACCCCGACGACACGCCCAUCACCAUGGGCAUGGCGCGCGCCGCGCCCGCCAUCACGCGCACCGCCGCCUCGCCCACCGGGCCCGCGCCCGCCGCCGAGCUCAGCCAGCGCGAGAGCGUGCUGUGAGGACCCGAUGUCACGUCGGAUUGCCUAGAAAGUUCCACGGGGCCGGGUGAGCUGACCGUGUCAUUUGACGCAAUGUGUAACUCCGAUGUGUGAAAAGCGGAAAGUUUCCAAAAACUUUACGAGAAAUAAUCGAAAUAAUUUUUUUAAUGGAAAUUUUCAUUUUAGAGGAGCCCGGAAUUCCAUGUGGAAAUUUUGUAAUUUUGUAAACUCUCCGACGGCACAUCGGUGUACGAGGCGAUACUUGAAAACGCUGGAUAUUUUUUAAAGACAAAUGUGAUAAGUUUAGUAUUUACCCGUCGCUAUAGACUCGCGAGAUUAUGCGCAGCCCGCGAGCGUGAAUACUAAACUUAGUUUUCUUUGACGCUCCAAAAGUUGCGCUUCGCUCAUAAAAAUGGUCAUACCGAUGUUUGACUUCACGAGUGCGUUGUACAAACAUUAGUAGGAGUGUGUGGCCAAUAAGUUGCCUCGUUAUACUUUGCCUGAUUGUAAAAACCUCACGAUCAACUUCACGGGAGAAAACUUGGCACAUUUAGAAAGAGCGAUAAAACUGCUGAAGCGGAAUGCUCAAUAUGGCAUAGUUUCGAAGCUCCAUAAAAAGGCUGUUAUGAAACUUGUACAAAUAUUUUGAUAAGGACCUUAGUGACUUUGCCAUAGGAAGUAUUUUUAAACGACAGUUUUAUAAAACCUUACCUUUCAUUAUACGCAUAGGUAACAAAUAAGUAUAGUUAUAAAUUUAAAGCGCUAUUGGCAUUUGCAUUAAGCAAAAAGUACGUUCAACCUUUAUGUGACCGAAGUUGAAAAUAUAUUACGUUCAACAAUUGACUCAUUCAAAUUUAAAUAAUGUCUAAAUCGUUAUAUUUCGUUCGACUUUGCUUUACAGUAAAAUCGUAUUACUUUUCCUAAAGGUUCAUUCAUCUGAUCUGCAUACAUAUGGGUUUUAUAUAUGUGCAAAUACAUCGCUGUGUCAUUAAACAAAUUUAAGUUUGAUUAAAUAUGUACACAUUGUAUUGAUAUAUGAAUCAGACAAAAACCGUAGUUCAGUUUGUUUAAUUUUAAAAUAAUUCUUUGCUAUGCAUCUUCGGUAUUUAUAUUAAUAACAAAAAUACGAUCUCAUAGCCCGAAGAUGCUAGCAAAGAUCACUGACUAUUAUGACCGAUAUUUUUACAGCAAGUAGUCGUAUUUCUUUUUUACCAUAGUGUUUUAGCGACAAAUACACCCAUAUCGAUAAAUACCGUCUUGCAAGCUCAUUUUGAAAGCGUGGAGCUACUUGUAACUAAAAGAAUUAUAAGCGGAAAAAAUGCCUUCUACCGUAUAAAACAUUUGUUCUAAUAAUUCUUUUAGUCUCAACUAACCCCACGGAUUCCGUAUGACAUGAGACGGCACAUUAAGAGAUUCUAAAUAAUAUAAAUAAUGCCGUAUGUUAAAGAUGUUAUUCAAGUAUUUCAUAAGAAUGGUACGAUAGUGGAAUUGACUGCAAGCAAUAAUUUUACACAGAUUCGUUGCACUUUUGUCUAGGGAACUUAAUUCUGACGUGCCAUAUGUAACGUACGUUGUGGUGCUAGCGGCGACACCGAUGGGAACUACCACUCAAUACUCAGAGGGAAAUGCUUAAGAGGAAACAAGGGGUUGACAACAACCUGUACGAGGAAAAUAUAAUUGGAAAUAUUCGGAAAGUGCGAAGGUGGUCGAUACGAAGUCUAAAAUGUCAUUAGCAAUAAUAUUUGUACUUAUAGGCUUUAAGUACUUAGAUUCAAAACAAUAUAAAAAGCAAAAAAAUAUUAGAACUUUGAUCUUUCCCUUUUCAAUAAUCCAUAUCUAUUGAACUUCCUGUUACAGUUGACAUUUAAAAAGAGACAAUAAAUGAUUCAUUUAUAAUCGCUAGAUAUGCCUAAUUUUAUAGGAUUCCGUGUUAGAAUUAUAUUUUCCUGUUAAUAGUGGAAUACACAAAAAGAAUCCAGUAUUUUGAAAUGCAUGUCCUUUUGUAAAUAGUACCAUUAAAUAAUGCGCUACUGUAUAUACACAACUAGGUAGGAUCUUUAAAACAAUCAUGGCACUGACUACGUAUACAAUCUAGAACACUUCCUCGCUAUCCUCUAUUUUUCUAUCCUUUAAACGUAGCUGCAACUAUCCUCUUAUUGUCAUUGACAUAAGGUUGAAAAUGUCAACCUUACAGUAACGAUGGCAAAUGAACUGCUGUACGAUAGAACUAAGAAGACUCUAUAAGUCGUUUAAUGAUACGUGAAUAGUUCGGUAUAUUUGUAUUGUGUGUUUACUGUAAGAUACAUUUUGAAACUUGCUAUAGCAAUGUGUUGAAUUUUCGAGCUUGGCUUUUUCCUUAUAUUUCUUGUGAAGUUUCGAUACUGUUUACGUCUCGCUGGUAGCAUUCGGGGUCAUUUUCGUUGAGAUUUUUGUCUCGACGGCGUAAGGUAGGUAUAAAAUGAAUUGUGAACCGCCGUGAAAUCUAUGUCAUCCUAUUGAUAUCCUCAUUUUGAAGUAGAGUGUAGACCUGCAUCGUUCCACGUGCCAUGGCGACGAACAAGUUUAUGUAAAUAAGCGGGUAGUAACGUAGGAGACAGUGAGUAACGCAACGCAGUCAAUUUCCGACUCCCGGGACUGGGACUUGCCACUCAUGUAGCGGACGCGGAGUACCUAUAUAUUAAUAUAUUUUUGUGUAUAGAUAUUUUUCUGUCAAUAAACUGCAUAAUUUAGCUGUAAGUUGUACGUAUAGGAGCGCGUAAGGGUUUAAGCAGGUAGGAAAUGGUAUUAUGUGAUAAAUAUAAUACGAAUACCGAUUAUUUGUUUUGUAACACUUAUAAUGUUUUAUUGAUAAUGAUAUGCCUAUUAUGAAACAUGUAAUAUUAAAAUUAGGUUUUCAUUUAUAAGGUUUAUUAAAGUGGGAUAAUGUUACAAAUUGUAUAAAAAAUCUUAUUAAGGAUUAUUCUGAAAGUUAGUAAUGUUACUGUUGUUAUAGCUUUAUGUAAAAAACCAAAAGUGUUAUUAUGUUUUUAAGAUUGAAAAAAAUAAAGUGUUAUGUGAACCAUACCGGGCUUAGAUAAAUAAUGCCAAUGUAAUGAAGUCCGAAACACAUCAAAUGUCCGAGGAUCAUUGGUUUUUAAUUAGUUAAGACUCAAUUUAUGCCUAUGUAUUUUAAUGUCUAGUUCAAUUUUACUUUGCAAAAAUGUUAUGUUAUGUAUUUAAUUCAGUAUUGGUUAAUAAGUAUUGUUUUUAACUAAGAAACGCUGUUUACGCAUUAAUCGGCUAAGCAAUUGCAUAGAAGUUGAAACAAACAUUUCAAAGUCGGCGUACCGAAACAUGAACCCCACAAAGACACUACGCUGCAAAACUAUCCGUCAAAUAUUUUAUUUGGCUUAGUUUUUGCUCGUAAAUAAUGCUUGGUUCGUUUUUAUAAGGUAGACUGUCUCAUCCAACAUUAAGUACAUACUCUAAAGCCCGUCACCGAUGGAGCGAUAAUAUACCAAAAAAUAUCUUAUAGCAAGGCAUCUUACGAUAUACUUUUUUACGUACCAUUUGACAGAUUCCACACACGAAGCUAUAAUAUAUAUUUGGUAUCUUACGAUAUCUUAUAGCAAAGGCAUCUUAAGAUACCUUGCGAUAUAUUUUAGUAUAUUUCGUCUAUCUCACAAUUUAGUUGGCUAGACAGACAGCAAUAUAUAUUUUGGUACCUAUCGUUUGCGUGUGUGGUGCUUAGCUAUACUAUAAGAUAUCUGUCGGUAUCUGUGAGUAUCGCACGGUAUAUUAAUAUAUAUUACCGCUCCGACUGUGACGGGCUUAACUUAGCUUUAUGAUUUUAUAAUGCUACGCUGUAUGAAAUAUUUUUAUUUUAUUUUAAUAAAUGUGUUUUAUAAAGCUUGCUUUACACUUACAGCGAUAGCUAUUUUCGUACAAUCGAAAUCUAAAAUGUCAAUCAAAAUCGCUCAAUGAUAAAGAGCGUAACUAAACAUUGUUCUACAUGUGGUACUGGCUGUAUUCCCAGUUGAUUCAUAUUCAGACAGUCUCAGACAUAUAUUGCGGGACCUAUCCGUGCUGUAGUUUAAAUUAAAGAUUAAAAAAAGGUACAGUCAAGGUAUUAUAUAUCGACACGGACAAAGUGCCAAAAAUAUGUAUGCACCACUUUAAUGUACAGGAAAUAAGGUGGUGUAUAUAUAUUUUUGGCACUUUGUCCGUUUCGAUAUUUAAUACCUUGACUGUACCUACACAUCUAUAGGGUCAAGGAGGGAACAGUAACUUGGAAAAAAUAACCGGGGACAGUGGCUCACUCAACCUAAUUCCAACAUGUGGAUAUUUGCUUCCCUGCUAUUACAACAGAAACAUUCAGAAAUAGAACAAAUUCAAAUGGACGAGUAAUGGUAAAACAUAAGGGUGCUACAGUGUAUAGCGAUAUUUGGGCGACAGAGCCACCGUUCCCGCCUUGACCUUAAAAUUUUAAAUAUAUAUUUUUUUUACUAUUUAGAACUUCUAACUGAACUACAAAUAAGAGUUCUACUUGACAAAGUCACCAGUGCCACAGGAGCAUGUUAGUUAUCAUGUGUAAACAGCUUCAUGUCCAAAGUAAGCGAACCGAGUUAUAGCAAGCAACCGCUUCAACAAAUGUACAAAACACGCUAUUUGUUGACUAUAUCCACCGAAACUUUUGUAUAUAACAGACUCAUUAAAUAUAAUGAUGACUGAA